AUGACGCCAGCAACUUCAACGUCGGAAAAGGCUCCUGGCGAGCGUCCGGCGUCUCCCUCUUUCGCUGCGUCACGUGUGGCGACGUCGUCGGUGAUUUUGUUCUUGGGAGUCAUCGUCGGGAAGGCAUCGGGAUGGGUAGAGUGCCUCAUGCCGCCGCAGGACGCGUGGAAGGCGGCGACUGAUACGACUCCGGCGCUGAGGAUGCGCUACGACUACGAAAGGCGGUACACCUGCAGGGACGAAAAGGCCUCCUUCCUCGCAGCUAGCUAUGUGUUCAACUCCACAUGCACGGCAAGGCGGUUUUCUGGCCCCCCUGACGUGGUUUCGUGCUUGAAGGGGAGACGAGUGAUUUUCCUGGGGGACUCUCUGUCAAACCAGCAGGGAGACUCUCUGCUGGGCAUGCUGGGCUGGCAUCCCGAUUGGAUGACCAAGGGAAACCCGCGAAAUGCCAAGGUAAUUACCGAGGACGGGAAGAGGUACUAUACCCUGGUUGAUUGCUGGCACCCUUCAAUCAAAGGAGUCGAGAGAUGCUAUGACUAUUCCACGAGCGACUUCCCAGGACCUACAACAUUAGGCCAGCCGGGUGAUGGGCCGUCGGGAGAGGCAACGACGCAAUCGCGAAAGAACAUGGCCCGUUCUACGACGUCACCGGCCAAACGAAGGCCGCCCCUGGGCGGCACAAAAGCCGACUCGACCAAGUCUGUCAGCACCGAAGGCGACAACAGCCGCAACAAGCACAGCAGGAAAAUGCAAGCACGAGAGUGGGAAGACGGGCAGGAGGCGGCGGAAGAGGCAGAAGCGGAGGGGUACAGGGAGGAAGUCGAGGCCGUCGACGAAAGUGAAAUCUCGGUGCACAUGCGAAUGCUUUCGAAGCCCAGCGGUGAACACUGGUUGACGAGAGCCGUUAGCGAUUUCAACGAAACGAGAGCGUCGGACAUUUUCGUGGUGAACUUCGGGGGGCACUACCACGACUUCCCCGAGGAGGACGACAGCUUCAAGAGGGACGUGUUCCCCAUCCUGGACGAAAUGGCGGUUCUGGGCGAAAAGGCCACCGUCGUUUGGAGAGAGAUUGCACCGACCCAUUUCCCCGCCGUGAAUGGGUCUUUCGACGCUUUUGACGGUCUCGAGUCGAAGGACCGAAAAGCGAGCUGCACUGGGACUCCGCCCGAGGUUUUCGACCGAAAUGUGUGGGUGGAGAACUACGUGCGGGACAACGGGCUCGAGGAUAGGAUCAAGCUGCUGCGAAUCUACGACAUGUCCAUGCCACGGGGAGCGGCCCAUCACACGUGCCAUUUUGCACCUCCGUCCACAAUGAACCAGUCCGAAGCGGCGAUUGACGGCCGAGGAGUUUCUGGUCCUUUGGACUGCAGACACUGGUCCGAAACCGGCGUCGUGGAGGAGUGGAACGCCCUUAUGCUCAACCACCUCUGCCCUAUGGAGUGA